AUGGCAGAUCCACCUCUGGACAUCUCCCUCGCUUCCCAAUUCUGCAUCACCGCGCAGGCCACUGACCACGACAUCACCGGCUCCGUCUUUGGCAAGCCAGCGACAACGACCACAGCAAUGGCAUCCGCCUCUACCUCGUCGACCUCUAUGCUGCCCCAUGAGGUCGCCCCCACCAUAUCCACCGAGACCACAGAACACCUUUGGGAGACGCACGCCAGGUGUUGGAUGUCGUGUCGCGACCCGGACGCCAAGGUCGUCGACGGCGGCUUUGCCACGCAGUUGGAGGUGCUCGGCGCCGACAUCAACGACCCGCUCGAGAGCGCCGCUUGCCUCAUCACCAGGCCGCACCUCGUCAAGGAGUCAAAUUAUUGGAGGGAAGUACAGUGGAACUAUUGCCAGCUUUCUGUGGAGGGCAACGUAGUUCAUCACUCCAUUUCGGUGUUGCGGCAUACAAGGAUUCAACUGUUACAAACAGCCAUGCAAGGCAAUAUGGCAGCGAAGGUUCUGGAGAUGUCUCUACUACCAUCUUCAUAUCAAUUUAUGUUGGUACAUUAUGUGAGUCACAGAGUGAUUGCUAAUGAAACCAAUCAGCAUCAGCUUUGGCAUUUCACUAAGACAAAUCAGUAUAUCUCUACUUUGGCAUUUGAGUCGUGGAUUUUGGAGACCCUUUCAUCGGAUGGAGAACUAUUGCCAUUUGAUAACAUAUCAUUCACUGAUCUUUGGGAGAUUGCUCAAUGGAUAUCACUUCAAGGACAUACUGAUGCCCAUGCUGUAAAUGUGAAUAGGCCUUGUGAUUGGAUAAAGUCUUCCUUUGGACAACGAAGCAGCUGUGCACUAUUCAAGCAUUUACUUGGCACCAAACAAGGAAUUCUGAUUUCAGGUUCUGUCGAGGCUGGCGGAGAAGAUGAAGCGGGACGGGGACGUCGGCCUCGUCGCCAACUUCAGGAGGUUUCACCGGGAGAAGGCGGCAGCGUCCAGGGCUAUGCCGACGCUGGACGCGACGGCAUCGAGCAGAGACCAAAGCCUCUGAAAGCUAGAGUCGCGGACGAUCCUAGCCUUAGCUUGUACAUGGAGAGGCAUAUGUGUGCAGCGUGA